AGACACGCUUGCCAUUUAUUUCCCUCUCUGAGCCGUAGCCUGGCUACCGGCGACGGAGCCCCCGGUAUUUGCGGGAUUGUAAAGAGCGCGAGGAGGAGUGUGGGGGGCUAAAUAAUUUGAAGACUUGCCAGGGGCACAUUGUCAAAUUCAAAAGCCAUUUCAAUGAACCGAACCAUUCACUUUUUAUUCUUUUUCUUUUUCUGCUCCCCCCCACCUCCCCUCUCUCUUCGCCCGGUCGCAGUCCGUUUGAAUCGACCAAUAAGGGCCUUCAAGUCGGAGACAUUGGAAUGUAAAUGAGCCCAGUAGCGCGUGCUCCUGGCGCAGUGAAAGCUCGGGAUUGUUUAUUGAGCUCCCGAAGCCACGCGCCUGGCUCGGGGAGGCGGCGCGCGCUGGAGAAUCACACAGCGGGGGCGGGGCCUCGCGGUGAAGCGUGCGUCCCCAAAAAGAGAGGGGUGUGGGGUGGGUUGUGCGGGGCGCGUGUUGAAAAAGAGGAGUGCUGCCAAAGUUUGGGUCAGAUCGGCUCGUGGUUGGAAGCAAGCGCAGUCAAGAGAGACUUUGGACUCCUGUUCGCAUCCGCAACGCACUCCAGGUAGCCGCACGCGAAGGACGCGAGAGCUGCCCACUGCCUGCCCGUCAUACUCCUCCUCAUCCUUCUUCUCCUCGAGGUCCCAGCCGGCACCUACAACCUAUUUUUCGCAGUUAUUUUCUUUUCGCGUUGUUACCAUGGAAACCCAAACCACCACCAUCACCACCACGCAACAGAACGGCUGCCCGUUCGGACUUACCGAGAGGCGCGCGACCCUCACCCUGCACGCCCCGGCCCAGGACUGCCCGGAGGUGCCCCUCCUCGUGCACCCGGGACUCACCGCGGCCGCCACCGCCGCGUCCUUCCAAAGCAAGAGCAAAGUGCUGAAAAGACAGCGCUCGAGCUCACCGGAGCUCCUCCGUUGCAAGCGGCGGCUGAGCUUCAACGGCCUGGGCUACUCCAUGCCCCCUCAGCAGCCCCCCGUGGCGGUGGCGCGGCGCAACGAGCGCGAGCGGAACCGCGUGAAGCAGGUCAACAUGGGCUUCCAGACGCUGAGGCAGCACGUGCCCAACGGGGCCGCCAACAAGAAGAUGAGCAAGGUGGAGACGCUGCGCUCCGCGGUGGAGUACAUCCGCGCGCUGCAGCAGCUUCUGGACGAGCACGACGCUGUGUCCGCCGCGUUCCAGUGCGGCCUGCCAUCCCCGGCCAUCUCCAACAGCUACUCCGCCGAGCCCGAGUCGCCCCGCUCCUCCGCCUACUCCUCCGACGAGGUGGAGCCGCUGAGCUCCGAGGAGCAGGAGCUCUUGGACUUUACGACGUGGUUCGACCGCUACUGAGAGGUCACGACACCGGUGUGUGUCCGUGCGUAAAAUGGUUCCGCUCCUGCUUUCGCAGACCCGCGGCCAGGACUGACAUGGUGAAGUUGGGAGGCGUUCGGUUGGUGUGUGUGAAGUGUGUGAAGCACACUUCCGUGGCACUCGGUCUCCGCUUGGAAGAAAAUCGUUGACUCGCAAUUUCCAUCAAGGCUUCGUUUCCGUGCGUAACGCCAUGGUGUCUAUGAGUGUGUAAAGAAAGACAAACACAUAGGCCUACAAAAACACACACACACACACACACACACACACACACACACACACACACACACACACACACACACACACACACACACACACACACACACACACACACACACACACACACACACACAGCCGUUGCUACGCUACAGAAGGACACACAAACGGGCAGUGUCACGACUGGAGCGAGCGACUGGGCCGCUCGCGUAUAGGACACGCCGGGUCUGGGGUCGCCAAGUUUACGCGCCUGGAAUCAAACAAGUUGGUGUGUGUUUGAAUAAGUGCAAUUAAUGUCAGCCAGCAGGCAUGCUUGGCACGGCCUGGGCCGUGGCCCAGAGAGACUGCUUCAGAGACGUGUGUGUGUGUGUGGGGAGAGACACGUCAAAGUGAAUCACGCUGAACACACCACCGCUGCUCAGAUCGACUUUACACUUUGCCAGCGGAGACGGUGGUCUACAGUGCAAUGUUUUUAAAUGAAGACAACGUUUUCGUAAAAUGGGGAUGAACUUUCGACAUCUCCCGGACCACAAACACUGCCAAGCCUUGUCUGACAGUGACAGAGCGGGGGCGAGCGAGGGCCUGCGUGUUGGCACGCGCGUGUGUGUGUUGUGAGACUAGACAGCAAUACCAACUACCUGUAAAAAUGUUGAAGGGUUUUUCUGGUGGUAAAGAUGAACUUUUUUCCUUUUUAAUUCUAAGUAUGCACUUGCUCUCCAUUCACAGAAGCCUACAUGUACAUAUUGAGUUCGAACAGAUAUAUUUUGUGGAAAAACAUUUUUUUAUGAAUAAAAUUACUCUAUUUAUAUAA